CUUCAUGUACUCUCUGGGUGCAAAAGGAACAUCACCUUAUAUCAAACUCUGACCCAUAACUUAUACUUGAUCCAUACCACCAUACCACUGCCACUGCCACUGCCACUGCCGCCUUGAAGCAAGGGGUGAGGUACUCUACAUUGACGUCUUCCACCGACGACAGACUUGAUGUAGCUCCCAUCCGAUCCGAAAUACUGCCAAUGUAUCGCUUCAAUACAAUCGUCCGCUGUCACCCUUGGAGGUCACACUGCCUGCCAAGAAACCUCCGGUCGUCGAUAGCGUCCCGGCGCGGACUCCUUACUCAGAGCUAUGCCCGAGGGCCAUCCGAGCCUCCGUUGUUCGAUUCGACGGUUGGCGAUCAUUUCGCCCAGAUUGUCAAGGUACAUGGCGACCGCACAGCCGUCAUCUCCAAGCAUCAAGACGAAAGACUAACAUAUGCCGCUCUGGACGCUAAAAGCAAUGCGUUUGCAAGGGGCCUGGAAUCCAUCGGGGUGCGCCGAGGUGACCGAGUCGGAGUCAUGUUGGGAAACUCCAUCGAAUACGCCAUCGUAACUUAUGCACUGUUUAAAUUAGGAGCAAUUCUGGUACCCAUCAAUCCAUCAUUCAACACCACUCAGCUAGCAUCGGCCCUAAGUCACCUCGAUACAAGCCAUCUGGUAGUCAGUGCGGAGUCAAAUUUGCCCCGAAAGCCUCCACGGAGCAAUGUCCCACUUCUGGAGACUAUCGUGCCGGAUCUUACCAGCCCUCGACUAAAGUCAGAAAUCAUCCCUUCACUGAAGAAUGUUAUUCUUGUCGACAACUCUUCUGGUCGCUUUCAAGGCACCGACUACCGGGUACUUACGCCAUAUGCCUCACUUACAUCAGACGCUGCCUCUGAUGGGAGCUCUCUACCACCGCAGAACCUGUCCCCUGAUGACAUUAUUAACAUUCAAUUCACAUCCGGAACAACUGCAAUGCCCAAGGCUGCCUGUCUGACGCACCGCUCAAUUCUGAACAACGGCUCCCAGAUCGGAGACCGCAUGCGCCUCACCCCGGAGGAUAUUGUCUGCUGCCCCCCACCUCUCUUUCACUGCUUCGGCUCUGUUUUGGGGUACAUGGCGACGGGGACCCACGGUUCUUCCAUUGUGUUCCCGACUGAGUCCUUUAAUGCUAGAGCCGCUCUCAAAGCAGUGCAAGAAGAACGGUGCACAGCCCUUUACGGUGUGCCCACCAUGUUUCUCGAAGAGCUCAGUCUGCUCGAGAGUGGCGAGGUCUCGCCCGAAGGUUUCCAGUACCUCCGGACUGGCAUCGCAGCCGGAAGCAGCAUUCCAGCGGAGUUGAUGAAGAAGCUUCACAAGAUUCUCAACCUCACCGAACUGACCAUCUGCUACGGCAUGACCGAGACCAGCCCAGUCUCCGCCAUGACUACAACCGACGACCCGAUCGACAAGCGUAUCCAUACCGUCGGCACUCUCCUGCCCCACGUGGAAGCCAAAGUGGUUGACUUGACCGACCACCGCAAGAUUGUUCCCGUCGAUGUCCGCGGAGAACUAGCCGUCAGCGGCUACCUCCUGAUGAAAGAAUACUGGAACGACCCGAAGAAAACAGCCGAGGUCAUGAUUCCCGACGAGAACGGGAAAGUCUGGAUGCACACUGGUGACGAGGCAACCAUCUGCCCAGAUGGCUACAUCACAAUCACAGGCCGCGUCAAAGACCUUAUUAUACGCGGUGGCGAAAAUAUCCAUCCCCUCGAGGUAGAAAAUUGUAUUCUUGCCUACCCCGGAGUCUUGAAUGUUUCGGUCGUUGGAGUUCCCGACGAACGAUACGGCGAGGCGGUGGCUGCCUUUAUCAUACACCGAGACCCCGACGGUGAGGAUGCUAGGGAGGAGAAGGUCAAGAGAUAUGUCAACGAGACGCUGAGCAAUCACCUUGUCCCUAAAUACGUGUUCUUCCUGCCGUCCUCGGAGUCGUUCCCGAAAACUGCGAGUGGCAAGGUUCAGAAAUUCAUGCUUCGUGAGAUUGCAGUGAAGAGCUUGAAGGAGAGGGAGAGCCAUUCUGCAUGAUGGACUGGCUUAUCGAUAAGGGCAUCUACGCUACAUGAGGAGCUAUUGGUUAGGGUGGGAACUUACUUUGCCAUGUAACUACUCCUGGGAUCUAUCAGAG